UGCCUCUGCAGAAAAACAGUAGCGUGGUUGGUGUGGUAGCAUUGGUAGCGUAGGCAGUAGCAAUCAAGGAUGGCGCCGGGAAGUUGUUGGAAGUGGCUCUUGAUCGCUCUCUCAUUAGCGAUCGGUCCACAGCUGAUCAUUUGUGUUGAGGAAGCAUGUCAUUCGUAUGACGGCGGCCAGGUUUACCCGCAAGAGAACACGAAGUCUUCAGCGCAUAACCUCCACUGGAGCAAAACCCAGAUCUCCAAACCGGCUCCAUACUUCACGGGAACCGCCGUCGUUAAUGGCGAGUUCAAAGAGCUCAAACUCUCAGACUACAAGGGAAAGUACCUGGUGUUUUUCUUCUAUCCGUUGGACUUCACGUUCGUCUGUCCGACGGAGAUCAUCGCAUUUAGCGAUCGUAUCCAGGAGUUCAAGGCACUGAACGCGGAAGUUGUGGCAUGUUCCGUCGACUCGCCCUUCACCCACCUAGCAUGGAUCAACACGCCAAGAAAACAGGGUGGUCUCGGUCCUAUCAAGAUUCCACUGCUUUCCGAUCUCACUCACCAGAUCUCCAAAGACUACGGUGUCUACCUAGAAGACCUCGGCCACACACUGAGGGGUCUGUUUAUCAUUGAUGACAAAGGCAACCUCCGCCAGAUCACCAUGAAUGACAUGCCAGUGGGUCGAUCUGUGGACGAGACCUUGCGAUUGGUGCAAGCUUUCCAGUACACUGACAAGCACGGAGAGGUCUGUCCUGCAGGAUGGAAGCCUGGAGGAGAUACGAUUAUUCCUACCCCAGCGGACAAACUGAAGUACUUCAGCAAAGUCGGCGAUCCAUAGUAACUCCCUUUUAUAUCAAACACUGGCUACUUUUCCACAAUACAUUCAUACUCAUUUAAAAAAAGAAGAUUGCAUCUGCAAGCACUGAGACAUCAAUCUCCAUGACAAAUUUCUGUCCCAGAUAUCAAUCUCCUGGUCAACUUACAUGACUGACUAGUCUGUUUUUCGUCACACUUUGCAUUUUCCAUUUCUGAGGUUUUUCAAUAAAGAGUACCUUGUGCCA